AUGUCGUCCACGGCUCGCCCCCAACCAUCUCCAUAUCUUGCCAUUAUCUCAAUGAACCUCGGAAACUUGAGCAAAAAACAUGGUAUGGAAUUCAUGGUGUCGGUCCUUGAAAGGCCUAAAGAGGUCGAGUUCAAUCCGUCAACACGAAAUAUGCAUAACGAGAGUAUCGGCUUCAGGCGCGAAUGCUCGAAGGACUUUGUGCGACGAAACGACUAUGCGAAAUCGAGAGCUGGUCUGGAAAGAGAGGAGUUCGAGGUGGCUACCAUCGUGAUCGCAACCAAGCGACUGCACAGUGGCGGUACAAGGCCUCUGUCAUCCAAAGUGCCGAUGAUCAAGUCCUGGCUCACCCUCCGUUGA